CGGCUCGAGCCGCGCUCCCUGGGUCCUCGCCGCAAUGCUGUCGGUCGCCACCUUGGUCCUUUCCGACGCCUACGACCGGCUGAACGCCGGCGCGAACCUCGAGAAGCAAAGGGAAAGAGCAAAGCAAGGCGGUUACCUUCUCUCCGCGCCGUGUGCGGCAGCCGAGGAGACGGGCGCCUGCGAGAUGCAGGUGUGCAUCCGGUCCGCGGCCAACUUGCCCGGCCGGGUCGAUUCCUGGCCGCGCAAGCCCGCGCCGGAAAGCUGGGUGAAGGUCGAACUCGGUGGUCGCCUCGUAUGCAAGACCGGCAAGCACGACAACAACGAGACGCCGCUCUGGGACAUGUGCUGCCACGUCCACGGCCACCACGAGCACUCCGAGUACUUCUUCUCCGUCUUCGACUCUGACCUCACCGGCGACGAGGCGGACUGGCUCGGCACCGCGGUGCUGCCCGCCAACUCGACGGCCGGCUCCUACGUGCUCGCCCUCUCGGGAGGCGAGUUCGAGAUCGACGCCGACGCGCCGGCGCCCACCCUGACCGUCAGCAUCCCGCUCUUCCCGCCGCCGCCGCCGCCGCCGCAGAACAUCGACGCCGUCAAGGUUGGCGGCGGGGCGACCGACAAGCUCCUCUUUGACGAAGCCAAGGCUGGCGCCGAGGCGCAGCGGCGGCGCAAGGGCCCCGAGUGCGUCGCGGCCGCGCACGAGCUACGCAAGUACCUGUGCGUCAUGUCGGCCAAGGGGCUCGUCGAGGCGGACUACUUCCCGCGCGUGGGCAAGUACCGCUACCCGGACAGCUGGGUCAAGAUCUCGACCUUCCGCGAGGAGAACGAGCGCAUCGGACUGAGCCCCGAGUUUGUGACAUACGCGCUGACGCACGGCGACGAGGCGACGCGCCAGAAGGUGUACCGCGCGACCGAGGAGCACACGGCCGUGAUGACGACGCAGAUGGAGGAGGACAUCCUCUCCAACCUCGAGAAGGAGGACGAGGUCGCCGAGGCGCACAACGACCGGCCGGGCACGGUGCCGACGUACGAGUGCGCGACGCACGUCGUCUCCAACUCGCUCGAGCCGAACUGGUCGAGCUGCUGCGACAUCACCGAGGCGGAGGGGAAGGCCUUCCUCCUCGAGCUCUUCGAUGAGGACUCGUUCUACUUCGUGAACGACUACAUGGGUGCCAACCUGAUGACAGACCUCGAGGAGGGGCAGUACGAGCUGCCCAUCCUCGGCGGCGUCGCGGGCCACACCGACGCAGGCGCCUACUUCAACGUGCAGGUCAUCACGUCCAAGCACGAGCCGAUCGACCACAUCGGUGAGAACUGCUGGGACGCGUGCGGCGGCAAGGGAGGCCUCUGCCCCGGCUACUGCGGCGCGCUCGGCGCCUGCUGCAAGGCGCCCUCCGCCGACGCGGCCCUCGGGCACGAGCCGGGCUGCCCCGACCACGGCACAGACCCGGACUGGCACUCCUGCGUCUGCGCGGACAUGACCACGCUCGGCGACCACCAGGCUCUCUCCACAGAGCCGCUCCCGUCCUCCUCCUCGCCGCCGCACGGGGGCCCGGCGACCAGCCUGCUGCUCCUCGCCUCCGUCUCGGCCCUCCUCCUCGCCGCAGCCGCAGGCGUGGCUCGUCGCCGCCGCCAGGCGCGCGUGGCCGUCGACGAGUUGCUCUGAGAGGGGCGGCGUUUUGACGGAGGCCCCCCACCGGGGGCAUACAAGUCACCCAGAGGCAUGUCUCAACGUGUGGCAUGCCCAUGGUGAGACAUAGACGCGAGCCGCCUGAGCCGUCUCAGUCGGGUCUUGCGCGUUGGACGUCAUAUUCCUCUGCGGCUCUCUUAGAGUCGCAGGAUCGCAGGCGGCAUCUAGGUGCGUGGUGUCUCAAGUGUCAUGAUCUCAUGUGGCGGAUGGCGACGGGGGCGCUGGCCGCUGGGGAUGUGGAGGUGUUGGUGUAGUACGCUCUAGCCGCACAAGCCACCAGUACACGUACACGGACCUUUCGUUACCACGACACGGAUCACGGUCAAACGCGGAGUCAGACUGCUGUGCAAAAAAAAAGAGUGUGUGUGUGAGUUCGUGCUCUCUGUACAAAAGCGGUUAAAUU